AUGUUCAAUUUAGCUAGUUCUUUGUCUUUCUUGGACAAUCCCAGCAUCGACUGGAAAUCAGUUGUGACAACCCUCUUGCUAGGCAAGUACGUGUUCGAAUCUUAUAUCGACUAUAGACAGCACCAGGUUUUCCAGAGAACCGAGCCCCCCGCGUCCAUCAAAAAAGAGGUCACUCAGGAAGUGUUUUUGAAAUCCCAGGAGUACUCGAGAGCCAAGUCGCGGUUUGCCUUUGUCAGUAAUGCCAUUGACGUUGUCAAGGAACUUGCUGCCAUCAAGUUUGAUGUCUUGCCUCGCAUGUGGUCUUUCGCCAGUUCUGUCUCUUUACGCUUAUCCCGUGUUUCUGUCAUUGGCCGUUUUUUCGGUGCUUCUGUGAUGUCUCAGAGCAUUGUGUUUUUUGCCAUCACCACCGCGCUUUCCACCUUGGAGGCCUUGCCCAUGUCUUACUACAAGACUUUUGUCUUGGAAGAGAAAUACGGCUUCAACAAGUCCACCGUAAAAGUGUGGAUCACAGACGCAAUCAAGUCUUUAUUGCUCAUGGUCUCCUUGGGGUCUCCUUUUGUCUACGGUUUCUUGCGUAUCAUUGACCACUACGGCGUGUCAUUUGUAUCAUACGCAUGCGUGUUUGUUUUGGCCGCUCAGCUUUUUUUCAUGACGAUAAUCCCUAGUUUGAUUCUCCCUCUCUUCUACAAGUUCACUGCGCUCGAGGACGGCGAGUUGAAGACCGAAAUCGAGGCCUUGGCUAAAAGAAACAACUUCCCCCUCACCAAAUUGUUUGUGAUUGAUGGCUCCACCCGAAGCGCCCACUCGAACGCCUUUUUCGUUGGUUUGCCGUGGAGUAAGAAAAUUGUGCUUUACGAUACGUUGGUCGAGCACAACACCACCGAGGAAACUGUUGCUGUCUUGGCACACGAAAUCGGCCACUGGAAGUUGAACCACUUGCCCCAAAUGUUGCUUGCUACUCAAGCGACGGUGGCCACCACUUUUAUUUUGUUCUCGGCCUUCCUUGAAAACAAGUCUUUGUUCCACUCGUUCGGCUUCACCCAGGUCUACCCAGCCUUCAUUGCCUUCAGUUUGUUUGGAUAUGUGAGCGCACCAAUGAACUGUGUGACCCAGGCCUUGAUGAACAUUUUGUCGCGGAAAAACGAGUACCAGGCGGAUGAGUACGCAAAGGACCAGGGAUACACGAAGGACCUCGCAGCCUCUUUAAUCAAACUUUCCACCAAGAACUUGGGCUCUUUGAACACUGACUGGUUGUAUUCUGCCUACAACCACUCACACCCAAUCUUGGCCGACAGAUUGAGCGCCCUUGGGUACGUUUCUGAGGAGAAAAUCGGAGACGUCAAGUUGGAAGUCGAAGCCACAGAGGAAAAGUGA